AUGUGGACAUCAGUGCCAGCGCUCUUGUUCCUGUCUGUUUUAGGCUUCUACGGAUGCAAGUGCGCUCCGGGUUUCGGCUGUCCAAGGAUCUGCCGCUGUUUCUCCAACACAAUCAGAUGCAACAAUGUAACACAAGGGUCGGCGCUGAUGAUGGAUCACAGAGAUAAAAGACUGUUUUUCUAUCAUUUGUCUUUGAACACCAUUUCCAGCCAUUCUUUUGAUGGUUUAAAAGAAGUCCAGAGGAUUGAGAUUGCUCAGAGUGUAACCCUGGAAACCAUUGAGGCAUUAGCCUUUAAUAACCUUCUCAACCUCUCUGAAAUCUCAGUCCAGAACACGAGGAGUCUGAUGCACAUUGGCAGAAGGACAUUCAAUAACCUCCCCAAACUACAUUACUUGAGCAUCUCAAAUACUGGGAUAACCCUUUUCCCUGACAUUACAUAUAUCAAUUCUCUUGAAUCCGAGUUUAUCUUGGAUAUAUGUGAUAACCUGUAUCUACUGGAAAUACCUCCUAACGCUUUCAUCGGAAUGACAAAGGAGUAUGUUACAAUGAACCUGUAUAACAACGGCAUCAGAGAAAUACACGACUACGCCUUCAACGGGACAAAGAUAGAUAAGCUGGUAUUAAAGAAUAAUCGAAACCUCAGAGUGAUCCACAGAGAUGCUUUCGAAGGAGCCACAGGCCCUGGAGUCUUGGACGUUUCUGCGACAGCUCUCACAAUGUUGCCACCGCAGGGACUGGAGUCAGUUCUGGUGUUGUUUGCUCAGUCAGCGUAUGCCUUGAAGAGUCUGCCUUCUCUGCAGGGACUGUGGAGCCUGCGAGAGGCCCAUCUCACCUACAACAGUCACUGUUGUGCGCUGCUGAGCUGGAACACCCACAGGGACUUUUCCAUUAAUCCUGCAUAUAAUAAUGACUCUACAUAUUGUGAUGAGAGUGACCAAUUAGCAAGGGUGCAGCGUGUGAUUGGAGAUUCAGCAGACACGACUCUAGUUAUGGAUAUGCCAUUUUUUUCAGACGUUGAUUUAUCUGAGGACGAGGUCUUUGGAGACGUGAAUUUCCACUAUCCAGAGCUGGACUUCUGUCAGACCCGACCAACUUUGGUUUGCACACCUGAAGCAGAUGCUUUCAAUCCCUGUGAGGACAUUGCAGGUUUCAGUUUUCUCAGAGUGGCCAUUUGGUUUAUCAACAUACUGGCCAUCACAGGCAACCUGACAGUCCUCCUGGUCUCCUUCACCAGCCGCAACAAGCUGACGGUGCCUCGCUUCCUCAUGUGCCACCUGGCUUUUGCAGACCUCUGCAUUGGGAUCUACCUCCUAAUGAUAGCCACAGUAGACUUCCGCACACAGGGCCACUACAGUCAGCAUGCUAUUGAAUGGCAAACAGGGUCUGGCUGUAGUGCUGCAGGCUUCCUGUCUGUGUUUGGUGGGGAAUUGUCAGUCUACGCGCUUUCCACCAUCACCCUGGAGCGCUGGCACACCAUCACCAACGCUCUGCAGAUAGAGCGCCACCUGGUACUCACACAGGCAGCGAGCAUAAUGGCGGCUGGGUGGAUCAUCUGUCUGGGGAUGGGGAUGCUGCCCCUGUUUGGCGUGAGCAGUUAUGCCAAAGUCAGCAUGUGCUUACCAAUGGACAUAGAGACCCCCCUGGCUCAGGCCUUCAUCAUAAUCAUCCUGCUCUUCAACGUGGGCGCCUUUGUUGUCGUGUGUGUUUGUUACGUGCUGAUCUAUCUGGCUGUGAAAAACCCAGGGUUCCCCAGAAGAAGCGCUGACACCAAGAUUGCAAAGCGCAUGGCUGUGCUCAUCUUCACUGAUUUCCUCUGCAUGGCUCCCAUCUCCUUCUUUGCCAUCUCUGCUGCAUUCAAGGUCCCCCUCAUCACAGUCACUAACUCCAAGAUCCUGCUGGUCCUCUUCUUCCCCAUCAAUUCUUGUGCCAAUCCCUUCCUUUACGCUAUCUUCACCAAAGCUUUUAGAAAGGAUGCAUAUCAGCUCAUGAGUGCCAUGGGAUGCUGUAAGAGCAAGGCCAGUGUUUAUCGCAUGAAGGCCUACUGCUGCGAAAAUGCAAUUAAGAGCAACCUGGAAUCCAAUAAUAAAGACACAGGCACAGGAGGGCGGAGGGCUGUGGUGGCAGGGCAGAGCCAUCACCUGAAAGAGGAGAGGGAGCUCACCUGA